UUCAGUUUAAUUUCUACAAUGAACCGCUCGUGUAUUCUAUUGCUGAUUGCCGCAGCAGUUUGCUCUGCGUUUGCAGAGCAGGCUCGCUUCGACAACUAUCGUGUCUAUCAGGUUAUCAUUGCCACGGAACAGCAGCUGCAGACAUUGCAGUAUCUGGAACAGCAUCCCGAUGGCUAUAUUUUCUGGGAUCUGCCCGCUCAAACCAACAUGGAACUGGAACUGGUGGUACCACCGCACAAGUAUGCCGAUUUUGAGGAGUUGGUCACCAAGCUGAACAUGAAGACUCGAUUGAUGAUCAAGAAUUUCCAAGAAGUCAUCGACAACGAACGACCGAACAAGAGCCAGCGCAAUGGCUUCGGUUGGACUGACUACUACUCAACGGCCGAUAUCUACGCUUGGUUGAACGAGAUGGUUCAGAGCUAUCCGGGAAUUCUGUCCAGAACCGUAUAUGGCAACUCUUUCGAAGGUCGCGACCUGAUUGCUGUUAAACUGUCCCACAAGGCCAACAAUCCUGGAAUUUUCAUCGAAGCCAAUAUCCAUGCCCGCGAAUGGGUGUCAUCGGCUACGGCUACUUGGCUACUCAACGAACUGUUGACCUCCAGCAGUCCAGCUGUUGUCGAUCUAGCUCAAAACUACGACUGGUACUUCAUUGUGAUGGCCAAUCCCGAUGGAUAUGAGUUCAGCCGAAAUAACAACCGGAUGUGGAGAAAAACUCGUCAACCAGCCACUAUUCUGUGUGUUGGAGCUGAUCCAAACAGGAACUUUGACUACAAUUGGAGAAAUGGAGGAUCCUCAACGAAUGCAUGCUCGGACACGUUCUCGGGAGCAACCCCCUUCUCCGAACCGGAAACUCUAGCUAUGGCCAACUACUACGCUACGAUUGCCGACAAAAUUGACGUUCAGUUUUCGUUCCACUCCUACGGUCAGUACCUGCUGACUCCGUACGGUUUUACUGGUGCUCCACAGCCGUCAAACAAUGCCGAUCUGCAGCAAAUCGCCGCCAAAACUGCUGCAGCUAUCCAGGCCACGUACGGAACACGAUACACUUACGGAAACAGUGCUCAAGUUCUAUACGUCACCUCUGGAAGCACCAACGACUAUUUCAUGGGAGUUCAUGGCACCAAGCUGUCUUUCACGUUCGAAUUCAGAGACACCGGAUCCACUGGAUUCGUACUGCCAGCCAACCAAAUCAUACCCAAUGCCCAGGAGACACUCAAUGGACUGAUUGCAUUCGUUGCCGAAUCGAAGACUCUUGGAUAUUUUUGAGAUUAAUAGCACAUGCUUUAUUCAUAAUAUAAUGCUUUGAAAAGAGAUAAA